GUUACUCCCAUAUUUUCCACCUAACCUAAUCACACACACUUUCCCAUGUUUUUUUUUGUUCUUCAUUUUUCAAAUUCAAACAUUACCAUAUAUAUUAGUUACACCACCAAAAACUCAUGUACAUGUACUUCUAUACUUCUCCUACUAAAUCUAUCAUUUUCUUUCCCAAAGACUAAUUAUCCUACAAAAUGACCAUAACCCAUUAAUCAAAAUCCAAUCUUUCUCAUUCCAAACAACCCAAUUUUUCCCACCAUGAUUUCUGGGUGUAAAAAAUCUUCAUUUCCUAGACAAACAUCAUACAACUCCCUUUACGACAACCCUCUUUUACUCGACGAGCUUCGUCAUAAUCGUAGCAGUAGCGAAGGAGGACGGUCUUUCCCUUUAGCUCCCAUAAACGACAAUAUUCAGCAAACCCCAUCAAUCUCAAACGACAAUAAUAAUACUAAGAAGAAGAAGAAGCAGGAAGAAGAAAGCGAUGAUAAGGAAAAUGUAGUUGGUAUUGUAAAUGGGUCUUCUUCUGACUCUUUUGGGGCUCCAAAGAAUUUGACUUUGAGUAAUAUGAAAUCACUUUCGACUGGCUGUAAGCCUUUCAAACCAUCUUCGCUUCAGUUUUGUAUGCAAAUGAAUGAGCCUGACAAGUCUUUUGGUGCUUUUAAAACAUGGGAGCCUAGUGAGUCAGAACACUCUAGUUCUUUGAAGAUAUGGGAUUAUUCUGAUUCUGAGGCUGCUCCUGCUUCUUCUUGGUCUACUCUCCCUAAUAAGUCAUUAAUGUGCAGACCAUUGCCUAUGGAUAUAGGAAGGUGUACUUGUGUUAUUGUUAAGGAAGCAUCACCAGAUGGAUUUCAUGGGGGGACUUUGUAUUCUCUGUAUACCAAUGAAGGUCGAGGAAGACAGGAUAGGAAACUGGCUGUUGCUCAUUGUAAACGGCGAAAAGGGAAAACUGAGUUUACUAUUGCUCAGAGUGUGCAGGGAUUAACAUCUACUUCUGAUGGUAGCUUACUUGGAACUGUUACUGCUAACUUGAUGGGUUCAAAAUAUCAUAUAUGGGAUCAGGGCAGUACUUGUCUGAAUUCUCCCAACAAACAGUCUAAAUCGCUUAUCGCUGUUGUAGGAUUUUUACCUACAAUCACCACUUGGACUGGAAGUUACAGAAGCUUAAGGGCAUACAUACCUAAACACCAAUCAAUGCAGCUAAAGAACACUAAUAAUACUCAGGUUCAACACAUUAAGGGAUUGCCAAUGGACUGGGAAGGGAAGAAGGAUAAAGUUCAUCGGUUAGUCUCGAAGGUUCCACAGUACAACAAAAUUUCAAGGCAGUAUGAGUUAGAUUACAGAGAUAGGGGAAGAGCUGGUCUUAAAAUCCAAAGCUCAGUAAAGAAUUUCCAGCUAACUCUAGAGGAGAGGGGAAAGCAGACAAUACUGCAGCUUGGAAGAGUGGAAAAAUCGAAAUAUGUGAUGGAUUAUAGGUAUCCAUUGACAGGUUACCAAGCAUUUUGCAUAUGCCUCACUUCUAUUGAUCCAAAGCUUUGUUGCAGUGUCUAAUGAUCUUAGUCUUUGUAGUUCAAUCUCUGAACACAAACGACUCAAAUCUUCAACUGAUUUCAAGUUAUCUUGAAUUAAUGCUAUGUAAAAUAUGACUAGGCUUUGCCUUGAUACCCCAACUUGAGACUAGCUCAAGUGGUUUGGGGGUGUACUGUGUUUUAAGGUUUUCUCCAUAAAGGGAAAGCUUUGAAGUUUUGAGCAAAAAUUAAAUCAAGGCAUUAAGGUAUAAUGAAAUAAUGAAAUCACUUAUUUAAA